AUGGCGCGCCCGAGUACGGUCGCCGCUCGAUGCGCGGCGCUAGGGACAUCGAUCGGCCAGAUCAUCCCGGACAUCAGCAGUUUUGCGCGCAAAGUCCGCGAUGCUAGACAUGACCUCAAUGCCAUCAACACCAAUCUGAUCAUUAUCAAAACAGGCCUAGGCAUUGCCCAGGAUGACUUUUCGACAAAGGCCGCUGGCCUGCCCCAAUCUCUUGUUGACGCUGUAACACGCGUCAUUGAUUCUUGCGACGACACCAGUGAUCGCCUCCAAAAGGCCUUUCUCAAACUCUCUUGCAGUGCAAACCCAAAGGAUGACUGGCGGGACCUUCGAGACGGGCCUUUGGUUAACCUUCGUCACGAUCUAGACGCCUCAAAAGUCAUCCUAGAGCUGUCUCUGGACUAUCUCGCCCUAUUCGGUCAGCAAGAUACCCUGGACGCUCUGCUUCAGAGCUAUGUCAGCGAUCUGAUUACGCACAGCGAUGAUCUCUUGAAGCGAACAGAUACAGAUGAGAUUCAUGUUAAUCAAACAGCCCGGGAAACGCUAUCAGCCCUACUUCAGGCUGUCCGCCUACUCCGGUCAUGCAUUACAGCGGUAUCAAAAGAAAGCACCCCAACCACAACAACGCAGCCAGCAAAGAGAUCAGUCAUCCCGCGGCCAGAUUCCCUAGAGCCCGUUCUGGGCGAAACGCCUCGAAGCGGAAGGAAGAGUCCCAGCGGUAGAAAGAGUCCGAGUGCCCAGAGUUCGUCUCAUGCGAGUAUGAAUGACAGCGGUAUCGGUACAUGGCUCGCUAAUGUCCCGUCGUUUGAAGAUGCACAACCCCUCUCGUAUUCUAACAUUGAGCAAUCGUCAGUGUUGCGUCUCGUAGUACCCUCUUUUCAAGAGCCCACUACCCCAUCACGCGGUACUUUUUACACUGAAGACUGCGCCUCCUCCGCCCAAACCCUCGUGGCACCAGAAUCUCGACUGAAGAAAUCGUACAGCUGGUGUACCGACCUAUCAGGAAAGGCAAGCACCCGGUUGCAGCUCGCAUCAAGCUAUGCAUCCAGACAUGCAUCAAAAUAUGCGUCUAUUGUUUCCGGCUCGGAUGUAUCAAUUAUCCAUAAGAAGAUCACCUCGGACCGGAUAGCCGUUACAAAAGGCAAAAGAAAAGAGCUAGAGCCCCGCCAGAGGGAGGCCGUUGACCGCAUCCUGGCAAACAUACCUGCAGAAGCAACAGCUGCUGAAGUAGAAAGAGUCAUUUGGGAAGGCGCGACCCCAAUGGCACCGCAUCCCGAAUUUGGAUUCUUCUUCAUGAGAGCAGCGUACGAAAUGUCCACGGAGAUAUUGCCUCUUCUAAUGGAGUUUGGAGCAGAUAUCACUCGGAAAAAUGUCGCACCAACGUCAUACUAUACCGCUGUGCAUGCCGCCACAUUAGGAUGUCAACUCGACACAGUACGAUACCUCGCUUCUCAGGGCCAUUCACUCGACACGCCCGACUUUCACGGCGAAACUCCCCUUCACCUCGCCCUCCGGACGCCUGGAGCGUCGGCAAUAGCAAAGUACUUGGUAGAAGCCGGUGUGGAUGUCAACUCGGAAUCAAGAGCUGGACAAACGCCGCUACAAGUGGCUCUCAAAUCAGCUGGGCUGGAACCUCGAGACCGAAGCGUGUUGAUUGCGCUACUCAUUGCACAUGGAGCCGAGGGUGAGGCAGAGGUUAAGAGAGUAAUGGAAUGCAGGAGGGGUAACGAAAAGGGGAAAAGCGUCCUCGGACUAACUUGA